CAGUCCAUCGUGCACUGCCGACGGUGUAGUAUCACGCUGCCCGUGCCGACCACAUGUUCUUCAUACGCAUCGUUAUCAACGUGUGCCUUUUAAAACACAGAUGAAAAGAAAAAAACCGUGAAAGUGUGUGUAAACGGAGACGAAAUAAAUAAAAGUGAAAAAGUUUUUUUUUCUUUCUUUUGUGAGUUUAUCGUAUUUUAUUACGGAACUAUAUUUUUACUGUGGUAGGUACGUUGUGGUGUUGUAACAUACCUAAUCAUAAGAUAAACGAUUAACAUUGAACACUUAAAGACAUCAGGGACGUUUCGCUGGUUUAGUUGAUGUAAAUUUCAACUCGAGCAGAACGCAUAGUGAUGUGACGUACAAUGUUUGAUCGCGUCACAACGACGCUUGUGAAACGAAUGAACUUAUAAAUUGUGUUGUGCAAUCGAUAGUCGAUAAUCGAUUCUGUCAUCGAGUGGUUCUGAAUGAACAGCCUCAUGCUUACGACUGCCGGCGUGGUGGACGAUCAGCCCUGUGUCGAUACAAAUAUGGCGUUUUCAUCUUAUAACAUGAUGGACUCGGGAGGCACAGGGGUAGCGGAAUCGCCGCCGACAUACCACCGAACCUACGAGCAAUACGUCCAAGGAGCCGUCGAGAACAGCGCAGACUCGGUCCAAGACCAGACCAGUCCUGAACUGGUGUGGUCUACAUUACCUUACGGCAUCGAUUACAGGACGCCAUACGAUUAUCGAAAUCCUUAUGACACGAUCAGAGAUUACUCGACGCAACAGUACGCGAGGGCUCCCUUCACAACUAAAAUGGGACAGGCGAAAGCGCUAAAGGAAGCCAGGAUAAGGAGACCCAUGAACGCAUUCAUGGUUUGGGCGAAAGUGGAGCGUAAAAAGCUGGCUGACGAAAAUCCUGAUCUGCAUAAUGCCGACCUCAGUAAGAUGUUAGGUAAAAAGUGGCGUUCGCUGACUCCUCAAGACCGACGGCCGUUCGUCGAGGAAGCGGAGCGUCUGCGAGUCAUACAUAUGACCGAGCAUCCUAACUACAAGUACAGACCUAGACGGCGAAAGCAAAACAAGGCCAGACCCAACCAACCUGCCACGCCAGUCAGCGCCCCUUCCUCUGCCUCUGCCGCUUUAGGAUCGCCGUACGCGACAGGCACCGACUCGCCGGACACUCGCUUCUCCCACAACCCCGGAGCCGGAUUCUCACCUUACAGAACAUCGCCUCUUGCCUCGGACUACCAAACAAACCAGCAGUUCAACGGUCACGUUCAAACGCCGGAAUCGUCUCCGGCAAGGUCUCCGGAGCCGCAAGGCAGAAGAAGUACUCCAGCCGAAGCUCCCUUACCGACCCCAGAUGCGUCUCCUGUCGAGAACGAGAAAGAAAACUUCCAGUACGAGGAGAGGCGAAGGACUUUGAACCCUUCGUCGAUAUCCGACACGUAUUCUCCAUACAAAUCAUACAGGCCCGGCUCCUACUCGCCAGCCCCCGUGGCCGCAAUGGGCAUGGCCAACGGCAUGUACGUCAUGUGCACACAGAGGACGCUGACGGAGCAGCCGCCUCUAGUGACCGGAACAUUCUUCCCGCCAGUAGCCACAUCUCAAGAUCAACAAGCUUUGGGCACGUCAACCCCACGCGUGUCUUCGGCGCCCAGCGGCCCCAUGAACUCUGAAUACAGCAUCCAAUACCAUCCCUACGAACAAUACGAACAGAUGUACAAAACUGAAGACCCCUACGUGCACUACCCGGAGCAGCCUAAAACCGAAUACGACACCGGCGGUAGCUAUUUCUCGGAAGAACCUCCGCCGAAUCCUCAACAGGAGGUCGAAUUCAUGAAUCCUCGUUCAGAAAUAAGGACGGGUUCUCCCGACUCCGACGUCGACACCAGGGAGUUCGAUAAAUACUUCAACCACGGCGCAGAGAGUGCCAUGGAUCAACACCAGCAGUACAGAUACGAGCAACAAUGCUAUCGGCCGGUUUACUGUCCGGAACAAGCGCCGGAACCGGAAUACUGUACCGAGAGGAUGUACCCCCCGUACGCGUCGGUUAUAACCGGUACUCCGCCCGCGACGUAUGCUCCCGCCACACCCGGGGCCGAGGUCAGACCCGAAGAUGAAUUCAGCGAGAUAUUAGCCGGCGUCCGACAGACCUGCUACAGCAAUUGACUAUUACGGAACUGAUAGAGCUUAGGAAUUCAGAGGACAUCUUCAAUGUAGCCCAAAGAAUCUAAAUUGUGAAACUACCGUAUCUCACUACGAAACGUGAUUCUUGUAAGUGUAAACUAUGAUAAUCUAACAACAAGCUUCCUUUCCGUGUUUCUCUUAAUUGCCUUAGAAUGCGAAGAACGAAGAACCAUCUUUGACACAUAAAAUAAUCUAUGAGAAUAUUUACUAAAAAUACGAAUUAGAAAAACGUAAAUUAAGCUAUAAAUAAUUUUAAACGUGAUUUUAUUCGUUCGUCCUACAUUAAUUUUAAAGAAACUUUAAUGUUAAAAAUAUUUAAAACAGAGUAUUUAAUCAAGAUUGCAAUUUUUAAUCAAUGAAAUUAGUUCCUGUUAGUUUCGUCUUUUUUUUAUUAUAUUUUUUAUUAAAAAGUUGUCUGUGUGUUAUGUGUAUUAAUUAAUAAGUUAAGUUUUUCUUAAGAAAAUACUAUAUUUAGAUCUUACAUACAUACAUUGUAUACAAUAUAUUAUCUUAAUUACUGAAUAUGAAUUCUUUCGAACAAAAAAAAAAAAAAAAAAUGCAGAUUGUAUUUAUAUCAAUUAAAUAACUGCUUAGGCAAAAGCGUAUCCUAAAAGUCCUAACUAAAACAUCUAUCUUAUCUGUGAUCAUCAUAAAAUCCUAUUCUCAAGAAAUAUAGGCUUAAUUUAGUUUUAUUCUUUAUACGUUAAGAUAAUUUUCCACAUACGACUGUAUUAUGAACGUUCCAAGUUGGUGCUAUAUGAAAGUGUCCUUAAAGUAUACAUAAUAUAAAUAUUUUUGUAAAAUAUUUCGUCCAAAAUGACGUCACAUAGAUUUUUAUAAAAUUAAGAUAUAUUCAUAUUUGUAAAUGUUUAUUUAUUUAUAAUUCUGUGUGCUUUAUUUUGUAUAUUUCGUUGUUCAAUUAAAAUCGUAUGAACGAGCUUCGAUUUUAAUAUAUAUAACGUUCUUCCAUUAAGUUUUUAGGAAAUUAAUUAUUUUUGUAAUUUCUACUUUUGUUAGUUUUUAAUUAUUUUUUAUCUGUAUAAAUCGUAAGGUUUCCUUAAUAAAGAUAUCUCAUAGUAUAUGGUAUCCGUACUAAUCUUUUAAUAGAUUUUUAAUUUUUAGUUUAUUUGAAUAUUAUUUGCAAUUUUAAUUAUAAAUAAAAAGACACUCGCAACGCGAUUCUAAGCUCUUCCUAUUUGUAAGAAAAUUUAUGAGAAAAAAAUAAAAUUUAUAUCCUCUA